GUAGGCAGUUUAUUCUCUUUACUUACUUUCUUCGCUGUCCAUUCAUUUUCUCUUUUCCUUUUUCCAUUCCAUUUUCUUUAUUUUUCUCUGAAUAGAAAAGUAAUAGAUCUAAGCUCUCUCUCUCUCUCUCUCUCUCUCUCUCUCUCUAUAUAUAUAUAUAUAUAUAUAUAUAUACACAAAGACUUUAGUUCUCUUUCUUGUUAUCCUUCUCUUAAACCUUCAUAAACAAACUGCUUUGCUUUCAAAUUACAUAAAAAAAGGCUAUACUUGCUGUAAUUUGGAAAUAUAUUCCAAACCCAAUCCACGUUUUCCUUGCUACAAUGUUUCCCAACUCAGUGUUUUGUACCUGUGUGUCUUUGAUCCCUCAACCUAUCACCAUGGAAAUGCUUUUCUACAAAGUUUCUAUUUUCUCUUCUGGGUUCCCUCUAAUCCAAGCCAAGAACAUAUAAAAGCUUGCAACUUUCUUUGAGUUUCUUGUUCAACUCUACUACGUACUUCUUCUUCUUAUUAUUCAUUGUCAUAAAAAAAGCUUCAAAACCAGAUCAAAUCAUAUAUUACAACGAUGGAGCCAAUGAAGUCAAAGAUCAACAGGAUGUUUUCCUCCACAAAUAAAGCCUCUCACGUUGGUCAACAAGUUCCUAACAUCGGUGAGUGGGAAAUAAGGCCUGGUGGAAUGCUGGUUCAGAAGCGAAAUUCCGAUACAAAUCCAAGCAAUGUUUCGGUUCCAACCAUUAGAGUUAGAGUUAAAUAUGGUUCUGUUUAUCACGAAGUAUAUAUCAGUUCCCAAGCAAGUUUUGGGGAAUUGAAGAAAAAGUUAGCAGAACCAACUGGUUUGCAUCCAUUGGAUCAGAAACUGAUAUUCAAAAACAAAGAGAGAGAUUCAAAAUCAUAUCUUGAUGUUGUCAAAGUUAAAGAUGGAUCUAAAAUGGUGUUGGUGGAGGACACUGCAAGCAGAGAAAGAAGGUGCGUGGAGAUGAUGAGAAAUUCAACAGUGGAAAAAACUUCCAAAUCUUUAGCAAAUAUCGUUUUGGAUGUAGAAAAGCAUGAGGAGCAGGUUAAAGCAUUGGAAGAAACGGCUUCUAGAGGUGGGAAAAUUGCAGAGACGGAAAUCGAAAAUCUGAUUGAAAAUUUGAUGACAAAGUUAAUCCAACUUGAUGGAAUUGUUGCAGAGGGAGAUCUGAAACAGCAGAGAAAAAUUCAGGUGAGAAGAGUUCAGAAAUGCAUAGAGACUUUGGAUUUUUUGAAGCUACAAAGCUCCAAAUCUAGCAGCAUUGCAGAUAAAACCCACAUUCAGCAACAAGACAAUUCAAUUAUGCACAAAUCAAAGCCAAUGCAGAAGAUUCAGAUGCCACAGAAACAGAGAAAUUUCACAGCCCAAAAGAUAGUAUUGCAGAAUCCUCUGCAACAAUCUGAAUCAGUAGUGGUAACCACAAAAUGGGAAACUUUUGAUUGAGGCUCUGAAGCUUCCAAAUUAAAAAAGGUUCGAUGAGAAAGUCAUUUGAAAAUUUUAUAGUCCAAAAUAAUGCAGAAUGGCUUCUGGACACACAUAUGGAAAUUACCUUCUGGGUAAUAUUCUGUUCCUCUGUCUAUAAUUCAUCCAUAUAGAUAUUUUCAUUGUGGGGUAAUUGUUCUCUGCAAUUUGUAUAUAGAGAAUUAGAGUGGGGGUCUUUGCUGCAUAGAUAAAAAGGUGUAGUUCAUAAAUUGGAGAUUGUUUUUGUUGCAGAGAAAAAAAAUUGCCUGCAACAAUUUUUUUAUUUUUUAUUUUUAUUUUUUAGUAUUGGCUCUGUUUACUCUGCUUCUGUGUUUGUGUGGCUUUUGCUAGAAAAAUACUUUUUCUGGUUUAGUAGCAUUUAAUGUAUGCAUAAGUGAAUAGUGGAAUGUCCAUGGCUUUGGGACCAUUUUGGGCCAUA